CCCGGCUCGCAGUGAGCGCAGGGAGUCCGGGCUGCUAAAUGCUCCGGCCUCAGAGGGACGAUGGUGGAGGGCUGGUAAAGAUGGCGGCGGCGCUCUCCGAGGAUGGGAGGUACGGACUAAAUUGUGGCCAGCAGAGCGCCGACAGAGUCACCGUACUGCACGUCAAGCUGACCGAGACAGCCGCGAAAGCCAUAGAGAGCUACCAAAACUGUGGGAAUGUACCUUCUUCACGGCCAACAAUACAAUUCAAGGGACUCCAAGGGCGCAUUAAAAUUCCCAAAACCAAUUCCUCGUCUGACACCUUCAACAGUUUUGAUUUCUACCUGUCUAAUGUGGGCAAAGACAACCCUCAGGGAAGCUUUGAGUGCAUCCAUCAGUAUGUGUCAAGCUCAGGGGCCUCACACCUGGCAUUGUUGGCAACAGUACAGGACAAGGUCACAGUGUGCGCCACUAAUGACUCCUACCAGGUGACCCGGGAACGCAUGACCCAGGCUGUGGAGGAUACACGUGAACGUGGGACCAAAGUCAUCAAACCCGGGGGCCAGUACAUAGGAAAACGAGUCCAUAUCCGUAAGCCUGCAAUAUCAAACACAGAGAUGGUCCCCGAACGCAAGCGCUCCACACCCAUCAACCCAGCCAACACUAUUCGCAAGUGCCUUUCCAAUAACCCUGUGUCCCAGCGGCCGUUCAGGGACCGCCUCAUCCAUCUGCUGGCACUGAGGCCCUACAAGAAGCUGGAAGUGCUCGCCCGUCUGCAGCGGGAUGGUAUCAACCAGAAGGACAGAACUUCACUGGGGACAACCUUGCAACAGGUGGCCAACCUGAACCCCAAAGACAACACGUACUCCCUGAAGGACUUUAUUUAUCGUGAUGUCCAGCGAGACUGGCCUGGUUACUCUGAAGAUGAGAAGACCCAGGUGGACCGGAUCCUAGCUCGCAAAUUAGGUCUUCCCACUGAGACACUGUCAUCAAGCAGUUCUCCCAAAGACGGGGCCCCCACAUCCCCCCAGAAACGGCUGCCAGACUUUGACUUCAUCGACCCAUUGGCGCCCAAGAAAGCCCGCAUCUCACACCUCAGCAAUCGAGGGCCAGCUGCAUCUUCAUCCUCCUCCUCUGACCGCCAUGAGGAUGAGGGCAGCCCCAGCUCUAAACGCUCGUCCCUACCCUCCAUCACCUCGGGCCCUCCCACUCAUCUCCCCAUUUCCUCCCACCCUCCCGCACCCUCUCACCAGCAGCCCAGCCCGGCCUCCAACACCAACUCUCCAAGCACCCCGGAGGGCUGUGGCACCCAGGAUCUGCCCAUGGACCAGAGUUCCUCUUGUAGAGACCCUUCUCCCAGCCCCUUCCCCUCUGAUAGGACCCUGCAGGACCGAUUUCUUCAACCGGUCCCAAUUCCAAGAACAGCCUCCUCCCCCAGCCCUCCUCCCCGCACCUCACUCACAGUUACCUCCACUGUCAUCACCAGCCCUCCUUUGUCCAGCAGCACCAACAAGAAGGUCAAAAAGAAAUCCAAGAAGCACAAAGACAAGGAUCGGGAGAAGGACAAAGGGAAACAGGUGGAACGAGGCAGCAGUAGUCCUCCCAGUGUGACGGUGCUGGCAGAGGAGAUUCCUAAAGCCAAAAAGAAACGCAGUGCUGAGGAGGACAAGAGAGAAGUUAUCGAAAAACAUCCUCACAACGAUCAAGACUCUUCUGACAAAGAGAAACCGGUCCAGUCCACUGAGUUCUCCUCCACUAUUGAGAUGCCUGACUAUGUAGUGAAGUACAUGCCCUUAGUGUCCAUGGACCAGCGGCAAAGCUUCAAGGAUGACUUUAAUGCAGAGUAUGAUGAGUACCGCCUGCUGCACGCCCGAGUGGAGCGCAUCACCCGCCGCUUUACCCAGCUGGACACCCAGUGCCGGAAGCUCUCGCCUGGCACCAAAGAAUUCCAGAAAGUGCAAGAGGAAGUCUUGAAAGAGUACAAAAAGAUGAAACAACACAACCCCAACUACCACGAAGAGAAACAGCGUUGCGAGUACCUGCACAACAAGUUGGCUCACAUCAAGCGGCUAAUAGCUGAUUUUGACCAGCGCAGAGCCCAGGCCUGGUGCUGAGAGCAUGGCACACGACGUCUUCACUAAUCAGUAUUGAGAACGGAGUGUUGAACCAGGAGGGGGCGUUCUACCGGCUCUUGUUUUUGAACACCUCUUCAGUUACUGCCUCCACAAUACCCCCACCCCCACCCCUCCUUCCCUCUUUCAUUCUGCCCCUCAUCCUUUUUCAUUCCUUCCUCCUUUUCCGAUCUUUGAUUCCACAGGUUUCAUUGUUGCCUGAGUUCUUGAAAAUCUCACUUUUAAUUUUCACCCCUCCCCCGUCCUUGGCUUUCUCAAUGAGCUCUUCUUGAAAUUCAAACCACUGGACCAGUGGAAGGAGCUGCCUGCAUGUGGGAAGGUUUUGGGGGAAAUAAACUUAAACUCUUCUAACUUUUGAAGGACUUAUCCUGAGGCAAAAAAAAAGAACAAAAAAAGUAUUUUUGAGCAUCAGAGAAAAUAUUAACAUGUAUUUAAGUAAAAAAGAAAAGAGAGGGAGAUCUAUUUAUUUUGAGACUCGCAGUGCAAAAGACGAGUCCACAGAUGAUAUAUUGUUUAACUUUUCUUGAAAACAAUGCAAAAAAAUUACAGCGGCCUUAUGUGUUUUGACUUUGUGAAGCCAUUUUGCACGCUAGAUUAAUUAUGUCUUCUCAUUAGGCAAAGACGUCUCUCCUGGCUCAUUUCCUGUCUCCUUACACGAAACUGGUGGAUAACAUUUUAACAAAUCUCUGACGUUUCCUAGUUCGAGGCUUAAACGGCAGGAAAUGAGACGGGACGGAGAAAUCUCUAGAGCCGAGUGAGACGCAUCAACAGUAUGUGUGCAUGGAUUGUAAAUUUAGCUGUAAUGACCACAAGGUGGUGGGUGGGGUGAAUAAAUGGAGUAUGAUCCCUCCCAUCAGUGGGGGGCAGUAUUCCCUGCACCAACAGUGUUUAAUGUGCACGGUGCAUUAUGGGUGCCUUAAGGUGUUUAUACUCGAAUAUGUCGAGUUGGGCCGACCCUUAGGGGCCACAGUCGACACAAAGGAACUACAACUGCCUGGAAACAGGUGUGUGUGUGCGUGUUUGUUUGUCUGCGUGUAUGUGUGUGAGUGACGGAGCGAGCGAGAGCAGUUGCGGAAGGAAAGGAUGUUAGGUCUGGAACGAAUGUUACAAAUUGUCUGUGUGUAUGGUUGUGCAUUAUGUGGAGUGACAGAAAAAAAGUGAAAAGUUGAGAAAAAGUGAGAAAUAUGAAAAACAACAACAAAAAAAAGCUGCUACAGUGUUGAAACCAGCCAGAGCACUCAGGAUCACCCUGGCUGGAGUAACAGUACCUGAUCUUAACUGAGGAGACGUAGAAGAUCCUUGUUUUCCAGAUUGUUUCAAAUGUAAAAACCUGGAAAGGACCACGGCUGCCUCUUCAGCUUUAUCCUGCGGCAAACAGUCUGUGUUUUCUGUUCUAGAAAGCAGCAGAAACUUGUCAUCCACCCCAGGACUUAAAUCUGUAUCACGAUGUUUCAUUUAUUUGACUCUCAAAUAGAGUUGUGAAGGCGUUCAGAGUAACUUUUUUUUUUUUUCCUUUUUUUUUUUCGUGUCAACAUUGAUGCAGAUUUAGUUCAAUCGGUGGGUGAAUGAAUUAAUCUUUAUUUCAACAAGGGAAAAUUUGUUUACAAACCUGUGUUAAAAUUGUUUGCCAAAAAUUAAAGACUUUUCUGGUACAGUUUCCAUGUAGUACAAUUUCUGAUUGGGGCUUAAUUAAAAAAAGACACUAAGAACCUGAAGGAGUCACUGGAAAAAUUAAAGACCCUUGAGUUUAGGGCUGUGAAGAGGAAUGUAGUCCAUGUUCCCCCUAGGAAUAUUAACACUUCAGUUCCUUCCAGGAAGUUUAAUAUAAAAUAUGUCUGUGUCCUGUACUGGAAACAAAAAGUGGCACAAACUAGAGAUUUAAGUUAAUAUUGGCCAUGUUCAUUUCAAUCUCAUACUUUGGUUUGGGCAUUCAGUCAAAGAGUCUGUCUCUGCAGCAGACAGUCUGUUUUGAUCUGCUGUCAGAAUCAAUUCAACGUGAUCACAAACCCUGUUAAACUCGCUUGAUGUCGUUCAAUUGUUUUGGACAUGAAUAUCAGCACUUUUAUUUUGGACGUGACACAACAGCCAGUUAGAAAAAUGUCCACAAGAGUUGAGACUCUACUUGAGAUGCACACUUCACUCUGUCUGUGGGUCCAGGGUCUGUGUUUUGAUCUUUUUGUCCGGUUUUCCCUCGGUAAUGGUCAUUCCCAGCGUUUAGAGCAUCGCAAAGGGCAACUGUGACUGAAAGAAGGCUGAGGUGUCUCACAAAGACGUCAAAGCGUUGUCCAUUGCCGCUGUCCUCUCAGCCUUCCGAUGAUUUGUUUUAAUCCAAAACAGUAUCAGUUACAGUAUCUUAUCACUGUGGAAGGAAGUGAGAGGGGAAGAGGUGCUCCAGCUCUUCUCAGACGAGAGAAACCACUGAAAAUCAAGUGAAUAAUAAGUGAUAUCUGAUCCUUCCCAGCUGAAAAUGUACAAGACAUUUCAAUAAAAAAAAUCACAAGUUUAAA